ACGUCACGGCUGUUUCCUCCCCCAGCCUCCUCACUUUGACUCCCUCCUUGUUGUUUAGAGGAGAGACAGCCCCAUCGUCCCAGCCCCUCUCUUCUCUCCUCCUCUUGUUUCUGUCCCGGAGCCUCCAGACUGGGAUUAUCGGUCGUGAGAAGAUGCGGGCAGCGGCGCACACGCUGGCCGCAGUGCUGGCUCUGUUUGCCGCAGUGUCCGGGUCGCAGGCGGAGGUGAUCGAUGACAUCCUGAGCAGCCUCAACAGGGGAGCAUCCUUCCUGGAGCUACAGCAUGAGCACAUCAACCUGGACGGGGUGGUGGGCUUCCUCAUGCUGCAGGCUGAGCUAAAGGAAGCAGUUCGGACGUGGCCUCACACCGACACGGUCAGCUGGGCUCAGAGAACCACCGCCGUCGCUCUGGUCAAGCGUCUCGACCAAAGCUUCGAGAAGGCCGUCACCGCCCUGCAGCAGAACGACGCCAAAUACUACAGAGAGUUUGAGCCCCUGCUGUCGUGGAGUUUCUGGUUGAUCCCUCAGGGCUGGAGCUCCACAGACCCCAGCCUGGUCUACUCCUCCACCAUGACCACCGAGUGCUACGACGAGCAGCUCAGUGACAAGUGUCUGACGCUGCUGCUGGGAACGUGGAAGAUGAACGGGACGCCCUGCAUCGUCACCAAACCCUGUCGGGACACCAUGACCCAAUUCGGUUGUCCACAUUACUCUCUGUCUCACCAGCUGCUCUACUUCAUGAUCGGAAAAAUGAGGGGCUGCACCAACCUGCUGAAAGGCGACACACGACCGUCCCGAGCCAACAUGACCGAACGCAGCUACGAGAAGAUCUUCUGCUCCAACAUGAUGAAGACCAACCAGGACAUCAUCAAAGACGGCCUGACCGAGCAGACGGUGGACAUCUUCAUCGAAAACAUCCUUAUUUGUGGAUUGGCUGGUUUCUCUGACUUCUACAAAGCUGAUUGGCUGCAGCACAUCCUCAGGCUGCAGGAUGAGGAAGUGGGCUGCUUUGGGAGAGACAAGAGCAUCAUCUCUCAGAUCAUUGGAGACGAGCUGCUGGAACAGCUGCAGCCUCACAGGAGAGUGAAGAGGAGGGAGAAAAUACUACCAGAUGGCUGCUCCAGUCACAUGACUGCUGUGGCUGUCGGCGCUCUGGGAGGUUACCUGAACUACUACCUGGCAGAACAGGACAUCACAAAGCGGCCGCUCUCCUGAACGCCCUCACCCGGGGGUUUUCCUCUGAUAAACACUUUGUAGAUCAUCAGGUUAGAGAUGCUCUUCAUGACUCACGACACAAUAUGUUACUUUAUGAACACGGUCGUAAGAUGAUGUAAAUGCUCAAUAAACUCUGGGAUGUGGCUGUUUGACACA